UUCAGAACUGUGCACUUUCACUGUUUCCUCAUAGGCAGGCUCAGAGCCCGGACACUGAUGUAGCUCCCCACUCAAAGAUUUCGUGACUCCGAGGCUUCGCGUAAGGUGAACCGCAGAAGGAGGAUGAGCUCAGGAGAGAGAAAAACCGGGAUUGAGCAGGAUAGUAGAGGGAAGGUUUGUGAGAAAGAUGAGUUUGUCGUUCUACAAAAGAGAGACUUGGAGAGACUAACGACAGAAGUGAUGCAGCUGCGAGAAUUCUUGCCUAAGGUCCUCAAUCGGGGCUUUUUCACUAUGCUUCAGAAAUCCUGUGAAGGAGAAUUAAUGAAGGACAAGAAGCAGGAGGAACAGGAGCACCUGAAGCAGGACUGUGAGCACUUUCGUGCCCAGCUAGAAACAGCCCAGGCCGACUGUCAGAGAGAGAGAGAGGAGAAGAUUGUCCUGCGGGAGGAGCUGUGGAGUGCGCAGACACAGCUGCGGCAGCAGGCAGAGUACUGCACUCAGAUGGGGGCGGCUGUGUGCAACUUGCUCUGGAGAGUCUCCAGCAAAGAGGAAGUCAUCCAGGACAUCUUGGCGGGUGUGAGUCAGAGCAGAGUGCAGACCUUCUUCACCGUGGCCGGGCAGACACUGGAGAGCUUUGUGAAGUCACUCGACGGUGACGGCAGACCCGGGCAACAGGACCUCAGCUCUGAUGAGAAUCAGUUUGUUUUAGCCCUGGCAGGCGUCAUUACCAACAUUGCUGCUGCGGCCUGCGGUCGAGACUUUCUUGCCAGCUCCUCCCCAGUUCUCCUGGACACAAUGAUGCAGCUUCUGGAGGAACUGAAACCAGGUGUCUGUGCCAGACUGAAAGUAUUAAUACUGAUGUUUCUGUAUAACAUCAGCAUCAGUGUGAAAGGCCUGAAGUACAUCAGUGAAAGCCCUGGACUUAUUCCUCUGCUGUGGUCACUUCUGCAAGAUCCUGACUCGGGCGUCUGCCUCCACACCCUGCGCCUGCUGCAAUCCAUCGUCCUGGACGAGGGGCUGCUGCCCACAGUGGCCUCGGAGCUCCACAAGACACUGCCCCUGGCGCGCGUCAGAGAGCUGGCGGCCAGCGCCCACCCGAGCCUGCGCAAGGUCGCCAGUGAGAUGCUGGAGGACCUGGGGGCGUCAGUCUCCCAGUGGUGAAGAGGAGUUUGGGGGUUUCUCUGGAGGUGAAGUUGCAGCUCUGAAGAAGCUGGUGCCUGCACUGUAUUCUCUUGGGGAACAAGAAGAUUCCUGCUUAUAAAGAUUUUUUUUCUCCUUUCCGGAGAUAACAGCAAGUUCUGGAAAAUGUAGUGUUCUUCACAGGUCACAUCAGAGUCAACAUACCUUUGCCAAGGAACUGCUUGUACAUUACGAACUUUAUCUGUAGACAGCAGCAUAUCUUUGUUCUUUCGUGGAACAUUUGACAAUUACCAUUGAUGCCUUUUUUAAAGGAUUUUUGAUCUUUAUUUUGAGCAAAACAUAUUGUUAAUGUACAUCCAUGUGUUUCACUGAAUGUUUAACAUCUAUGUUUAUAUCUGUUUCACCUGGUCAUUUCUGUGACACAGUGGAGUGAAGGGGUUAAAAAGCUGUAAUAUUCUGAAAUUAAAGAGGUCUCUUGACCUUCCAUGCCAUUUUGCAUGCUCUGCAUUAAUUUUUAAAUAUCAAAGGCAAUGGCAUGUGCCUUUUGUAACCACAUUCUUAACAUGUCAUUGCAAAAUAAACCUGAUGGACCUUUGUGACACAGAAAAAUGUGAAAGAAAUGACUUCCUUUCAGCACUUUUUAUUGCCCAUACAAGGCAAGAAUGAGUGUUUAUUAAGGGUUGUCAUUGCAGGGGAGAAAAAGAGAAGGGUUUAGUUCAGAAGAGACAGGCUGGUCUAGUCAAAGUGUUUAAAGAUGAAGUCUUUGGCUCACUAGUCAUUGACUCACUUGGCACUGGAGUGAUUUAUCACACAUCACAGCUUUUGUUCCUCUAUCAGUUGAAGGGAUAAAUACUGUGACUACAGAAUUGUAUUACAAUGGUUUUUUUAUGAAUCUGCAUUGAAGGUGACUUUUUAGUCCUUGUUUUCUUCUUUCCCACUGUUGUUACUGUAGCUGAGUCUGAGCAUCUUAUUCAUUAGACCUUGUUUCAUAUAAAAUUUUAAUUGAUUUUUUUUCUACUAAGUAAAAAAUUGUUUAAAAAAAUCACUUUUGUACAACUCUUGUGCACCUGGGUUUAAAAAGCAGUUUGUCUCAUUUUUCACAGUUGUUUUGGCAAAAGGACACAGUUCAGCUGCUCAUUAAUAUAAUACAUUGUCUUUGGAUGUAUUAUCCAUAAAUGCUAGACAAAAUAAUAUAUUUGCCACUGUUCUGGCGUUGUUGUGUAUGUAAAAAUAAGUUAUAUGAUUCACUAGAUUAAAACAUGCACUCAUUGUAGACAAGUAUGAGUCAGAAACUUUAAACAGAAUAGGAAUCAGCCAUAAUGUUACAGAUACAGCCUCAUGUGACAGAUCCUUUGUAAAGUGUCUUUGGAGUUCUUGUUGGAAUUGUACUGUUUGAUAAUAUUUAACACAAGCUACUUUACAUAAUAUUAUAAUUGUAUUCAGUAGAGAUGGUUAAAAGCACUGCAUAGGUUUACCAUUUUCAUGGUAGGGACUUAACAAAAUAAACUGUAAAUAAUUGUAAAUCUUGAAAAAUAUUGGGUUUAAUAAUAUUGAAACUUUAUUAAAAAAAAAUUUGAUCCUGUUGUCUGUAAAUCUUAAAACAUUAGAGGAUAUACAUGACUGAUGAGCAAAAAGUUUGAUGUGAUCUGCUGACUGUCCCACAGUGCAUGUUUAGGUUUUUCCAGUUCCCAGUCUUAGUUUCUGAUGAAGAACUCAUCAAAGUUACUUGCUGUUUAAUAAUGGCUGAACUUUGUAAAACCUUGAUUAUGCUAGAAUAGGGAUUUCACAAUGCUAACAAAGUUCAUUUUGUUCCAGUGCUUAGGUCUGUUAUGUCAAACUAACUCCUAACCCAUAGAUAACACAGUUUGUGUUCUACAAGCACUAAACCAAAGCAUGAGCUCAUUUUCCUUGGAAGUCAUGUGCCCCUUCCUCUAGAACAUCCCUCAGACAUGCUGGCAUGACUUUCAGAGAAUUCUGCAUUCUGCGGACCACAGUGUAGUUAAAGUGGGUCCCUUGAUGUUUAAAGUCACAAACUAGUGAAACAGCAGUACCCUGACAAUUGUUUCAUUGCGUGUACACAGUAACUUACUGUAUGUAUGUAGAGUGACCUAUAAACUGGUAUCUUUAGGGAGCAAGCAGCAAUAUUGCUGCUGUUGUAAUUGUUUAGGUUACUGUUUGUUUCUGAUUUAUUUUCUUCCCAUAUUUUCAGUUUUCUGUGAAAUAAAAAUCCCUGGACAGGAA